AUGGUGAACCACUCCAAAGGAAGCUCAAAUGCAAAGCCAGUGAAGAGAAAAAGUGAUGAGGCAGAAGACAACGUAUCCGAGGACUACACAAGCGACCAAACCACUGGGGUUGAGAACGAUGAUUUCUCCGAUCCAACAGAUGACCUCGGCUCAUCCACUACUGUGACAGAAGAGGACAGCCUUGAAGAGGACGAUAACUCAACCACCCUAGACGGAGAUGAUUCAAGUUUUGAUGAUAGAGAUGAAGUGUCUGAUUCAGGUAAUUACGGUAGUGAUGACAGCGAUGAAGAGGAGUUUGCUUCUGACAGCCAGGAAAGCAACAACAGUGAUAGCACCGCAUAA